AUGACGCUUACUCACCGCAACAUACUUGAUCUUGUCGUACUUUUCGUCUUCGCGGAGAUCCUGCCCCUGGCAGCAAUUCUUCUUCGCAGAUAUGGCCUUCGCCGGUCAGCCGGCUGGAUAUACAUGCUCGUACUUGCAGCACUGCGCAUCACAGGAAGCAUCACUGGCCUCACCAGUACCUCAGCAUCGGAUCCAAGGUCUCUUCUCGAGGCUUCAAUCAUCUGUUACAGCAUCGGACUUACACCAAUCCUGCUGUUGACACUCUCUUUUUUAAGAAAUGCCAACAACAAUGCACCAAAGCCCAUCCUGUCUAGCAUUCUCCUCAGACUGCCAGAUGUACCGAUCAUCGUUGCUCUCGCGUUAGCAAUUCUCGGCAGCACGAAAGUCAUGGGCACUGACACCAAGGAGCUCAAUACAGGCGUGGACUUUCUAAAGUACGCCUCCAUCAUCUUCGCAGCUACUCUGGCAGUCAUUGGACUUUUCAUCCUGCUCAUUGCCAGAGCGCGAGCGUCAUUGCCGGCCGCGGAUCGAAAACUCAUUACUAUCAUGUUCUUCACGUGGCCACUGAUGGCUGUCAAAGUGCUCUACGGCAUUUUGAGUGCAUUCGAGCGAGACAGCAAAGCGUUCAGCAGCACUUCCAACGAUAUCGUCUCGAUCGUGGUGCAGGUCGCAAUGUCACUCUUGCCUGAAGCACUGAUUGCAUACAUGUAUGUCGUGACGGGAUUUUUUGCUGCGAAGGAGGAAAGGGUGUAUGCCUACCACGGCUAG